AUGUCUUCAAUGUCAGAAGCAGACUCCCGCUGUAAACCGGGAGACACCAUCUGUAAUAUCAGUGUGUACGAGCAAGAAGUGAUCAUCGUGCCCAUCCUCCUAUUGGCUAGCUUCCUGGUCAUGCUGGUCUUCAUCAUCCUGCUACGGUACUGUCCUGAGAAGGUGGACCGCAUCCGACCACAGAACACUGUGGCCACGUCCAGAUCACAGCGCUCCAGGAGACAACUGCACGGCAUUGAUGCUCCCCUGGGUAUCAACCCCCUGGAACAUGAGACUAUUGCUCUCGAUGCCCCCUCCUACUCUACCUUCUCCCCAACUCACUCCCACCCCUCCUCAAACUGUCUCUCCUUCUCUGUGAGGACUCCCUCUCUCUCCCCUAUCCCCCCACCCAAGACCUUUACCACAUCCUCCCCGUCCAGCCCCCUGCCCCAGGCGUUGACACCUUCCUUCACCCCUAUGGUCCAGCCCAGGGAGCUGCCUCGCCAGAGGCUGCCAGAGUCCUUCAACCUAGUGGCCUCGCUGCCCGCAGCCUUCUCCCUGCGCUCUGACAAGGCUGUCUCCCUCUACAGGGCCCGCAUGGACAACAGGAACGCUGUGCUCCGAGUGCUCAACGACUCUGCGAGCGCCACAGAGAGGCACAACUUCCUGGGCUUUGCUUCCUUCUUGUCCCAGCUGGGGCCACACCCCUUCCUGCCGGAGCUCCUGGGCGUGGUUUCUCUGCGUGUGCCCCUAGUUACUGUUGUUGAGGAGCUAGAGAACAGAGAUUUGCUCAGCUUCCUGUGGCGGUGCAGACAGGAUGGUGUGGGCGGGGACCCUCCAUGUGAGAUCACAGAGAGACGUAUAUUUACCAUGGCCAAACAGGUAGCCUCUGCUCUGGAGUUCCUCCACAGCCGAGACCUUCUUCAUGGCAACGUCCGUGCUCACAGCGUAUUGGUCAGCCGGGAGCUGACGGCCAAGCUGUGGGGACUGGGCGGGGUCUACACCAGGAAUACCCAGGGAGCUACUCAGACUGAAGUUCCUGGCAUGAAGAAAUGGCAGGCCCCCGAGCUAUUGGCUAGGAGGCCUGCCAAUCAUAGCAGUGACGUCUGGUCAUUUGGCAUCUUGUUGUUUGAAAUGGCGACCUUGGGUGAUGCUCCGUUUUCAGAUAUCUCCGUCAACGAGCUUCUACAGUUUCACCAGAGAGGGAAAACACUGAGAAAGCCAGCCAACUGCUCCAACUCACUGUACUCCAUCAUAAAGGCCUGCUGCCAAUGGAAGGAGCAGGAUCGCGCCACAUUGGCUGAGGUCGACCGCAAGCUCCAGUCAGGAGAGAAGAGUGCCAACGACAAAGUCCUCAAGGUGCCUGAGCCAAUCAACAUCGAGCAGUACCUGCAAGAGGCUGGAUAUGGAGAGUCCAACAGCUACACUGUUUUCUGAGUGGCGGCUGUGCCGGCCAACGAAAUGCACUAUGCUGAGGGACGACGGUGGAUGUUUAUAUAUGUUUGCCUCCAUUCAUUCCAGAAUAUUAAUUUCCUUCUGCCCUUAUUCAUGUCUUUGUACCAUAGACUUAAGAUAGGUAUAGUUGAACAGACACAAUCGUUGAGUCAACCUCAGUUUGUAGUUGAUUGUGUAUACCAGUAGAGGCUGCUGAGGGGAGGACGGCUCAUAAUAAUGGCCAGAAUGGAGGUAAUG